CCCAUCCCGCACUCGCGCCGCGCCCGUCUCCUCUCUCUCCCGACCGCGCCCGCCUCCCUGCCCCGCCGCCGUCGUCUCCUCCACCCGGCCAGCCGCCGCCGCACCUCCUCCACCCGACCAACCGCCGCCACUCGCGCCCGUCUCCUCCGGCCAGCCUCCGCCCGCAAAUCGUGCUAGCGAGACGAGCAGAGACCCCGCCUCCCCCCCGCCCCCCGCCUCCUCUCCUGCCGCCGCCACCUCCUCCCCGCGACCCCGCCUCCUCCCCUGCCGCUGCCGCCUCCUGGGCCUCGCCCUCCCCGGCUCCCCGUGACUCCCGCCUCCCCCCUGCCACCGCCUCCAGCCCAAUCCCCUCACAGGCGCCGCCCCGACCUCCUCUUUCCCUCAACUCCCCCAACGCCGCCACUUGUGCUUGGCAGAAGGAGUGGCUGCGGUGAUGGCAGAUGUGUGAGGAGGACGGGGAGGAGGCCGUGGUCAUGGCGGCGCGAUGGAUAUCGUGUUCGGGCGGCGCGGUUGGUCGAGGCGGAAGUGCCAGCGCGCGGGGUCGCAGUCGAGCUGGGCGUGAGGAGAGGGAGGAGAGGGAUGGGAAGAGUGGGAGGCGCAAGGACAGCGGCGCUCGCCAUCUCAUUCCCCAUCUCUUCUCGUUGCACGUCCCCCAGAUGGAGGCCCGGCUCAUUGGACAAGAUGCGAUGCCCCAUCUUCAGCUUGCAGGUCGAGGAGGACCAAUCCUAGACAGCCACGUGGCUGCAUUUCUCCCAAGCAAAGGAAACGGGAAGUUCCUUAAGAAAUUUGUUGGCCCUGUGAAUGUGUGGGUGGCAAGGAAGGAGGAUAAGCUCAAAGUGAAGGACGAGUACAUCAAUUAUAUGGAUAGGUCUGCCUAUAUGUUCCUGCUGUUUCCAUCCACUCUCCUCUUACUGAGAUGGUGGGUGUAUGGGUGCCUUCCAGCAUUGACAGUUCAGGUGUACCAGGCUUGGUUAUUAUUCCUCUACACAAGUUUUGCUUUGCAGGAGAAUGUGUUGCUUGUAAAUGGAAGAGAUAUCCGUCCUUGGUGGAUAUACCAUCACUAUUUAGCAAUGCUAAUGGCUCUUGUUAGCCUUACUUGGGAGAUAAAGGGAUAGCCUGAUUGCUCGAGUAAGCAGAGUGGGGUACAACUUUUCUUGCGUUGGGCAAUCAUGCAAGGAAUUGCAAUGCAUCUACAUAAUAGGUACCAGCGUCAAAGAUUACGCACCCAAAUUGCUCUGGGAAAG